UUUGAAUCUGUAAUUCGAUCUUUACAGUUUUAUGUCGGAACUAGAAGAUGCUCUCUAUGCUCUUUACUGGAAUAACAGCGUCUCAGUUGCUGUCAUCACCAUGAUAUCUUAUGAAUACAUACUCCAAUUCGAGAAAGAGGUCAAGUUUGUUUGGGAAAGACAGUGGUCAGUGAUGACGUAUCUAUACCUUGCUGUUCGAUAUUUCGGUAUUUUGGUUGUAAUGUUUUCCGCCGCCUGGGGAGGUCUAGUUUAUAUACCCGAGGCAGUGAGUUAUGGCAUGUUUCUGUUUAUGCAAUGGGGUUUCUCUGUAUACUCUUGCUUGACGAAAGUCAUUCUCAUCUGGCGUCUAUAUGCCCUAUACAACCAAUCCAAGCCCAUACUAUAUGUUCUAAUGGGCUUGUUUAUACCUAUCGUCGCGCUCUAUAUAGCGGUGGAUGUAUUUUUGUGGAGUCGACCCUCAGCGAUCUCAAUGCAAGAAAUAACAAUAACCCCAAACAUCAAGUACUGCACAGCUUUCUUCCACGUCGGACCCAUGCUAGCGAUAUAUACUUCCAUCCCCGUCAUAUGCUAUGACAUUUUUCUGGUUGUUCUCGCCAUUACCCUCCUGGUGAAGCACCUGAAAGAACGGAAGGAGCUUAAAAUGAAACCAAACACCUAUAUAGUCUUGAUCGUCCGAUACCAUGUCAUAUACUUUGUCAUUCGUACUAGGAAUCUGGCAAUUCAAAUCUUCUCGGUGGUAUUGUGGGCCAACCUUUCGACGGAAGUGAUGAAUGUCAUACUGUUGUUCUCCGAUACUGCGCCAUUUAUUAUCGUGCCACGUUUUAUCAUCAGCAUUUGGGAAACGCAUGCCAACGAUAGCUGUGUGCAUGUCAGUACAACAUUCGAGGAUUGCGUCUGUUGGACUUCGCCACCGCCGUUGGAGGAGCACGAGCUGGAAUUCUAUAUAGAUCCUGACAACAUUUCUUGAUACUUCAUGGGAGCAAGUAGUCCAGGGCUUAAUGUUUUCGUGUAACUAUG